GGGGGAAAAAAACAUGAGUUCUUCAAGUACAGAGUCUCUUGCAACUGAACUCUCAACCUUUUAUGACUAUUAUGAUACUUAUUACGAUGCUCCAAAACCAUGCAGUAAAGAAGGCGUCAGGAGGUUUGCAGCCUCCUUCCUACCUGUUCUGUAUUCCCUGGUAUUCCUGGUCGGGCUCACUGGAAACAUUCUGGUCAUCGUGGUCCUCUUCAAAUACAAGAGGCUGAAGAGCAUGACGGAUGUGUACCUGCUAAACCUCGCCAUCUCAGAUUUGCUCUUUGUUUUAUCCUUGCCAUUCUGGUCUUAUUUCACAGUAGACCAAUGGGUUUUUGGAACUCCCUGGUGUAAAAUCAUUUCAUGGAUCUACCUGGUUGGGUUUUACAGUGGGAUAUUUUUUAUUAUGCUUAUGAGCAUAGACAGAUACCUGGCAAUUGUUCGUGCAGUGUUUUCAUUGAAAGCAAGGACAGCCUUCCAUGGCUUGAUUACUAGCCUUGUUGUUUGGCUAGUAGCUCUUUCAGCCUCAGUCCCCGAGCUUGUAUUUAGAGAGUCUUUUAAUGAACAUAAUUAUACUACCUGCAAGCCAAGAUUUCCAGGCAAUUUCACAACAUGGAAGCUUUUUUCCACUUUGGAAGUGAACAUUUUAGGGCUCCUAAUCCCUUUUAUAAUUAUGACAUUUUGCUACUCCAUGAUCAUUAAAACAUUAAUUCAUUGUAGAAAUGACAAAAAGAAUAAGGCUGUGAAGAUGAUUUUUGUUGUCAUGAUUGUGUUUUUCUUUUUUUGGACUCCCUACAACAUUGUUAUUUUCUUACAACUGCUGGAAUUUUUGGGAGUAAUUAAAGACUGUCAAGUGAGCAGGAGUCUGGACUACGCUUUCCAGGUAACGGAAAUCCUUGGCCUUUUUCACUGUUGCCUCAAUCCAGUCAUCUACUUCUUCAUGGGGGAGAAGUUUAAGAAGUACUUGAAGAUGCUCUUUAAGAACUGGCAGUUACCUGGGUAUUUCUGCAAGUGGUGUGGAGUUCACAUCACUUACCACACAGAAUCUACCAGUUCAUUCCACACACAGUCUACAGGUGACCAAGAUGCUCUGUAAUGCAUUUCAGACCAGCCACUGAACUCAGCAGCAAGCAAACUGACAACAGCAGGAACUUUGAAAAGCAGGAACUUUGGAAAGCUAAGCAAAUGCAGACACAUUUAACAAUAAGGUAGUGCCAGAUAAUUACUUACUUCAGCUUUAUUUGUGCCUCUAGAUUUUCUGAGUAUUAUGACAGAAGGUGUCCCAAAUGUGGAACAUGGGAGAUAGACAUGCAAGGUUUCUCUGCUGUGACUAUAAAUCACUGCUCAGCUCUGUGCAAAGCACUGCACUGCGUGGCUUCUUUUUCAUCAGCAUCAAGACACUGGCCUGCAUGGAGGGGCAGAGGUGAGACAGCACCUUGUCACCAGCACAUGCACUUGGAAAACAUAUUAAUGUAUUCAAGAAGGAUGAUUGUAACCAUACUUUUUUAUUCUUCAGCUGAUCUGUGUAGGACUUAUCCACUUGUGACUCUUAGGUAGCUAUUUGCUGUACCUGCUACUUUUAAAUGUUUCAUUUCAGGGGGGAUGAUAUAGCCCCUGUUAUUAAGAAAGAGAACAAAAUAUAUUCUCUGUGUGCACAAAGACACAAAGCAAAGCCAUUACUUUUCAUUGUAGGUGCGUUUUCUCUCAGGUUGACAUAUAUGCCUAUAUGUAGGUGUAUAUAUAGGCAUUUUGAAUUUCUUGAUCACUGUAAUUCAGGAUAGC